AUGUCUACGACACACAGGCAAGAUGAAGCUUCCGAAAGAAGUCCCCUCUUAGAUGGACACCGGCUUGAAGCUGGAGACGACUACGACCAGACGCCAUCAACCAAGUCUACAAAUGACUUCCCAAAUGAUGCAUUUGAAAUCUCCCUCGGCACAGAGCUCAAAGUGCUUGCGAGAUACUCUGGCCCACUUGCUCUGACCUACUUUAUACAAUUUGGAUUCCAAAUGGUAGUCAUACUGGUGGCCUCGCAACUCUCAACCGACGAGCUGGCUGGAGUGUCUCUAGGGAUAACGACGGCCAACAUCAUAGGCUACGCGAUUUUUGAGGGCAUGGCCACCUGUCUGGACACUCUCUGCUCACAGUCAUAUGGAUCUGGACGAUUAAGCGAAGUCGGUCUGCACACCAUCCGCUUUACCAUCUUCGUCCACAUCGUGGCAAUACCCAUUGCUCUGCUGUGGUUAUUCUCCGAACAAAUCCUGCGGGCCCUCGUACCAUCAGAAGAGCUAGCAGCUCAUGCUGGGACGUUUCUUCGAUACUCUCUCAUCGGAAUUCCCGGCUAUGCCAGCUUCGAAGCCGGCAAACGGUUCCUCCAAGCCCAAGGCAACUUCACCGGAGGUCUCUACACGCUGGUCGUUUGUCUUCCGGUCACAUUUGUUUUGACAUACGCGCUUGUCAUAACCGCAGACAUGAGAGUCGCCGGAGCUGCUCUGGCAGCGUCGCUCACCAAUCUUUUGCGUCCACUUCUACUGGCCUCAUACUCACUGUUCAUCAAUCGUUCCACACUCCAAUGCUGGCCCUCGGCUAGCGAAGUUCGAAGGUCUUGGAACAAGGACUAUUACGCCAUGCUACCUCUGGCAGCCGCUGGUACGGUUACGACAUUGAGCGAGUGGCUUUCUUUUGAAAUCCUCACCUUCUCGCUAACCUAUCUUGGCAACGCUGCACUCGCUGCGCAAGUUUACCUAUCUUCUACGGUCAAUUUGGUCUGGCACAUCCCAUUUGCAAUGUCCAUCGCCGGCAGCACACGCAUUGGAAACCUUGUCGGCAUCGGCCUCAUACGCCUUACGACGCUCAGGAUUAUGCUCUGGUACUUUUUCGCCUUCUUAAUCAGUGCAGUACUCAACGUUCUUCUCGGCGGCGCGGUCAUCAUGCUCAUGCUUGGAUAUCUCAUCCACGACGAAGCCGUAGCAAGCAUUGUCCGCGAUAACCUUAUCUGGAUGCUUAUUUUCGCUUUCUUCGACGCAUUGGCGAAUUGGCCCCACUGUGUGGUUCGUGGCAUAGGCUGGCAGAAUAUCAGCGCAUGCGUUACUGCGGGUGUCAGUUAUCUAUACUCGGUGCCGCUAGCUUUGUAUCUGGAACUUGGACCUCCCGAUAUGGGUAUUACCGGGUUGUGGAUCGGUCUCGGAUCCGGUGUGGCCCUGGUGACGGGGAUGGAGUCGCUGAUUGUGUGGAUGAAGUUGAGGAAGAAUUCGGACGAGUGUUUGAAAGAUUACAGCGAUGUGGACCAGAGUCUCGAAGACUAG